ACUACAUAUAUUGCUGUAGCACUACUAUCUUAGGAACUUCUGUGCAGCUGUGCAGCUAACUUCAGAAGCAUUACAGGCUGUCCUAGAUUCAUCUGUGAGGUGCUAAAAAGGUCAAAAUGUUGUCGAGAUUAAGUUUUCGUCAUAUUCCUGCACAAUUAAAAGCUAUAGCUGCUUGUGGAAUUCAAACAAGUGCAGUUAAGUCAUCUAGUGAACCACGUCCAAAACGUCCUAUAGAGACACCUCCAGUUAGGUUGGGAUUCAUUCCAGAUGAAUGGUUUCAAUUUUUUUAUCCUAAAACUGGUGUAACAGGCCCAUAUGUGUUCUUAACAACUUACGGUACAUAUUUAGUUUCCAAAGAAUGGUAUGUUCUGGAAGAUGAAUUUUACACCGGACUUUGUUUGCUUUCCAUUUUUUUAUUUGCUUCAUACAAACUGGGACCCAAGCUUGGAGCAUAUUUAGAUAAAGAAAUUGAAGCUGUUGAAAAUGGGCUUAAUAGUGGCAGAGAAGAAUCUAUAGCAGAACAUAAUGCUGAAAUUCAAAAUAUAGAAAAGGAAAAGUGGUCUGCGGAAGGACAGUUGAUGAUCUAUGACAUAAAAAAACAAAAUGUUUUAAUGCAAUUGGAAGCUAAUUAUAGAGAAAAUUUGGCAAUUGCUUAUACAGAGGUUAAAAAAAUCCUUGAUUAUCAUAGCCAAAUAGAUGGUAUAAAUCGUAGAAUUGCCCAGAAACACAUGGUUCAAUGGAUUACAAACAGUGUAUUAAAAGCUAUUACACCUGAGCAGGAAAAAGCUAAUCUUCUGCAGUGUAUCAAAGAUCUUGAAACUCUUUCAGCAAAAGCUUAAAAUUUAAUUUUGAAUCAAAGAAAAUAAAAGUACUAUUAGUAAUCUGAAUUAGAUCAUUGUAAAAAAAACUUGUGAUAAUAUCAUACAAGGAUUCAAAAGCUGUUGAAAUAAUUAUAUAAUUGAAAUAAACAUAAUCUUUUAAAAUGAAUAAAUUUCGUUGAGAGUUAGUAUUAAA